UGUAUAUCCAUUAAAGCCAAGAAUGUCUAAGAAGAAGGCCCUAUCAAUCAUAAUAAUUAUUUGGUUUUGCGGAUCAAUCUUCUCUUUUCCAACACUUCUCUACUCGAAGACACUGUCCUAUCGUUACGCUAAAGAAGAGGUGCGGACACUAUGUAUAAUGAUAUGGCCGGACGGCUCGGCCGGCAAUUCAGAAUCUGAUAACAUAUAUAAUAUACUGUUUCUACUGCUCACAUAUGUCGUGCCAAUUAUAUCAAUGGUUUUUACAUAUUCUCUGAUUGCACGAGUCUUAUGGGGUAAUAAAGGAAUCGGUGAAUCAACUGAAUACCAGAAAGAGUCGAUUAGAUCUAAGAGGAAGAUUGUGAGGAUGCUUAUGGUAGUCGUCGCCAUAUUUGCCAUUUGCUGGUUGCCGUAUCAUUUAUAUUUCCUAUUGACGUACAAAUUCCCGGAAGUGGUCCACUUUCCCUUUAUUCAACACAUCUAUUUGGGUAUAUACUGGUUGGCAAUGUCAAAUUCAAUGUAUAAUUGGAUGAUAUACUGUUGGAUGAAUAAAAGGUUUCGUAAUUACUUCAAACAAUACCUGUUUUGUUGUUUUGCGAAGAAAGAGUUGAAUCAAUUUUCAUCGCUUCAGAGGAAUGGUUUCUAUACUAACAAUACUCGGAGUCCAACCACAAGAUAUGAUUUAAUGCAAAUGUCCGGCAAUUAUAACGGAAACAACAGUAACGUCACUACAAUACUAAUGAAAAGAAGUUCACUAUCAAUGAGUGCCAGAGAAACCCGAACAUAG